AUGUAUGUUUGGCGAGUACCGAUCGAACAACUAUCGGAUCUUGAUCAGGACGAAGCUAUGAUUUUUAAUGCGGUACCGCUGAGGUCUCGUUGGAAACCGCCAAAAUAUACCUUCAAUGAUAUUGCAAUUGUACUUACCACCGACGAAGAAGUUGAGGAUGGCGUAGUCCAUGCUUACACAAUACGAUCUCCAGCAUGGGCUUGUUUACCUGCUCCUCUAGCUCCUUUCAAAAGUGAAAGCGAUAGUGAAUUAGGAGAAUUUCAGCUUUUCAAUCGUCCUCUUAAAAUGAGCGUAGUUGAUGAUGAGGAUGAGCGGCUAUCCUUGCCCAGCACAAUGGCGACUGACCAAGACUUGAAGAUUCAAUCUCUAGAAGCUCAACUGGCUUUUCUAUCGAAACAGAUGCAGUCUCUUCUGAGUGGAAAAGCGGCUCCUACUGCUCGUCCCUGUAAUGCUUCUCCAACUUUUUCAGAUGAUGAAGGAAAGGGAGCUUCGUUGUGUAGUCCUGCUGAUACUGUGAAAGGAUUGGUCCCACCAGAUCAACAGCGCAUGCCUGUUAUUCCAAAAAUUUGUCCGCCUCCUGGACCACCUCCUCCUCCACCUCCUCCGCUUCCAUCGUUAUCCGCUAGUAAAAUCUUGACUGCAGCAAGUGCACCAACUCCUACUAAGCGCACUGUCUUACAAAUGCUCAACAAAUCAGCGCAUAGCGAUCAAGAGCCCUUGCCUGUACGCCCGAGUGUGUUCGACUUAUCAAGUGUCCAGUUGAAGAAGACCAAUACCGCAAGGUGAGU